AUGGUUCGGAUGAAUGCCGCGUUGGCAAAAUAUUGGGACUCGUUUGAAAAUGCUUCAGAUUCCGAAAUCGGACGCCUCCACAGCGAGGAGAAGGAAGAUCUGGAUACAACGAAGAGCGAGACGAGGGAAUGGUUGUCUCAACUCUCGCUAUCUGUCGAACAGGAAUGCUCCUCGAUACUUUAUGCGAAGAGUUUGUUAAACAGCGAGGACAAUGUGCAGCCGGCCACCCCCGCGAGCCCGCGCACCAAACGUCAGCAUCGCGUUAGCGUGGCGAUAAACACUCCACAUCUCUCCCAAUCGCUCCAAAAUGUCGCCCAGCCGCCCCCGAAGCCAAAACGCUGCAUCGCCCGGCUCACCGCGACCAAUGGAAGCUUUGAUACAGCAAUCUCCGCCGCCACCCCGACCCCAUGCAGUUUCCCCUCCUUCUCCACGCAGGAUCUCGUGGAGAUGUGCAAGGAGGAGCAUGCCGUAAAGAGGCGCGAAUCCGAGGCGUUGUCGAGUGACAAUUCCCAACUUUCCGACGAAGGCCGCCGACUCGCCGCGAAGCCUGAGGCGACCGAUUGCUCUGGACGCCGCCUGGCUUCCGCGAUCGUCGACGUGUCUCGACAAUUAUCGAUACCUCGACGGGGAGUACGGCUCCGCCCACACCUCCCGCCUUACGAUCAGCUCCGCAUCCGGGUCGAGCGGUCUGGCAGCAGAGUGAUCGGCUACCGACGUGCCAACCAGCACCAACUCCGCCACACCAUUGCCGUCAACGGCGACGACAUCGAGGCGGCCAUCAGCCACUGCGAAAAAUUGGCGCCCACGGCUACGAUCCACAACAACAACAACAAUCAUCGCUCCUUGCCGCCCCUGCCCUCGCCGAAGUCGUUGGAUUCGACGAGCACGGAGAGUGUGGACUCGGGGCAGUGCUCCGGGGAGUACAACGCCGGUAGCCUACCCCACCGUCGCUCGGCUGGCCCCCACUCAUUCCGCCGAAUGGAGACCAUCCCCCAACACGAAGAGGUCAUCCCCCUCCAGCCCGACGAUUCCGAGCUGUACGGGGGAUAUCAGAAGUCUUGUCUGCCUGGAUAUCCAAGGAUGGCCAGCACGAUGGACCACAUCUUGAGGACGGCUUCGUCGAUUUACAGCUUGCUGAGCUCGGCGCAGACUCCGCAGACGGCAAGAGACCUCCUCGCCAAGGCCGCCGUCUUCAUCCAGAUCGUCGAGACGAGCCCGUGCGGGACCUUUUUGCCGAAAUAUGACAUCGACGUCGUCCGGCUUCAACUAGCUGACCUCCAACAAUCCCUGCCCGAGCCCUGCUCCAUUGAGCAGCACCUUCCCCAACAGAAAUCGCCCCUGAUCACCAACUACUUCACGAUCGUGCUGCGGCGGAUGGUGGAGCUGGUGUUGUCGUUGUUUGCCAAGAUAAUCGCCCGAUACCUCGGCGAAUGCGUAAAUAAAGAUAGGCUACUGGCCAUCGCCCUUGAACACCUCAUCCAUCUUGUCUUGUUUGGAGAUGACAUGUGUCUGGAGACGAUUCAGGCCGGCGGCUUAUCCUCAAUUCUGAAGCUCCUCCGCCAGCCCUCGACCCCCGAAGAAACCUGUCGGCUCCUGCUCCGGGCGCUAGCUGUUCUGUGCGGGGUGUCGAAGGGAUGUUUGCAUCUGUUGGCGGUCGGAGGCCUAGAAGUAGUCCUCGGACAGCUCCACGGCUCCUCCAUCUCGUGCUCAAUCGAGGCGUCCGGCGUCCUCACCCAACUCACAAAUCCGCAACACUCCUUUGUACAGCUGGCGAAUAUUGAGUCGAUUGUUGUGAGAUUACUGGAAGUGAUCGACAUGUGCGAGACGGCCGAGUCGCUGCUUCUUUGCACGGCUGCACUGGCCAAUACGUCAUUACAGGACAACUCGGCGAUCGAGUUCUUCUACAAGUACAACGCCGUCGCGCGCCUCAUUUCCGCCUACAAUCGCCAGAAUUGCAGCACGAUCUUUGUGCAGGAACAGUUGGUGACGAUCAUGUCCCGGAUGGCAGCCCGUCACUAUGAGGAGUGUCUCGUAGGGCAGGGGGCUGUGCCUGUGCUGCUGGAGAUGCUCACCGUCACCGACACGAUCCAUGCCGAUUAUUGUAGGAGGAUACGGUAUAAAGCGGCGGUGUGUAUCGGAACGCUGGCGGCGACGGGAGUCGGACUCAAGGCAUUGUAUAAUAAUCAAGCGUACGCCAUCCUGUGCAACGUGCUCCAAAUGGAAAACGCGGCCUCGAAUCCGCUAGGAAUGAUCUGCGCCAAUAUCAAGACAAAACUCGAGAGCCGCCAAGAAGCCGAGAGCGCGGUU